AUGCUACUGGACGAACCUAUAGAUUACGAAACUACUGAGAGCGAUUUCCAAUUUCACAACAUCUUCAACCCUCCUAGUACCGCGACCAAUACCCUCACAUCACGAGUUACAGCUCUAUCAAGCAACAUUCAAAACAUGGUCACCAACAAGCCUCAUUUGAAAGAAGGACUAGACCACAGCUUCCAAAGAGAGUUCUUUACCAUUUCUCAUUUUCAAAACGCAUUCAUUAUCUUCUUUCGUCGAAGGCACUACCACAGGCCUCCGAUCCACUGGCCGACUUUCGAUCUGGAUAGAAUUGCACCUCAUUUGCUGUUGGCUGCCGUACUUACUGGAACCGCCUAUCUUCAAUAUCUCGACCACUCAUCUCAGAGCCCCCUCACUGUACCUUUAUUAGAGAUUGCAGAAAAGUACAUCUUCAAAGAGUUGAAAAGGCUGGCUGAUGAGAACAUCACGCCACUUGCAUCAAGUCACAUGCUUGAAGUGUGUCAAGCUGCAAUUCUAAUGAACAGUCUUCAGGGCAGCACAAAUCAUAUCGAAGGUCGUCGCAGAGUUGCUAGCAAGCGAAUUCCAACGUUAGUUGCUGCUUUAAGGAAGUCUGGCGUGGUGGGACUUAAGCAUGAACCAUAUCAAGGAGAGAUGGACUGGAACGAGUUCAUACAUCGGGAGACUUGCAUCAGAGUUGUUUCGUGGACAUUCAUCAAUGAUUCACUCAUGAGUUUUCUUUGCAAUCACCCACCAGCCAUGACCAUGAAAGAGAUGACUGGACAUAUUCCUUGCCGGAGCCAGUUGUGGGAAGCAGAUUCAAACGCCUCUUUUCAAAAACAUAUACACAACGAAGCAAGACUGUACCCAUCGAGCUACCUUGAAGCUGUGUCUGGACUACUUGCGGAAGAUUGGACAUGCUCAACAAAGGAGUCUUUUGGAAGAUUGGACAUUGCAGAUUUGUCAUUCAUCAACGGAGGUCUCAUGCGUCAUGUGUUUCACUGUCGUACAUCAGUGGUAACGCCCGAUUACUCUGCCAUGGUCCUGCGCGCACUUGACAGAUGGGAUACUCUUUGGAUAGACGCUUUUGCGCGGAUACCCGAAAGUGAACGAAAAUGGCUCGGUAUUGCGAGGCAUUAUCCAGAGGUGGUGGCUUUGUCGAGACGAGCCAUUGAGCUUAGCGGAACUAAAGAAGCAGAGAAUUCUGCCUAUCUGCAGUGUAUUGCUACAUACGACACUGCCAUUUUUCAUGAAUUCGUUCAGAAGUAUGGACUGCGAGAGACUGCAACGUGA